AUGCAUAGCCUCCUCCUAGCUGCGGCGUGCGUCAUGCUUCCUACGCACUUGGCGCUGCACCACAUAAACCCGGCUCGCGCUGCUCCUCCACGGAUGGGGCUGUUCGACUCUCUGAGAGAGGCGGCGCGAGAGGUGACGGUGCAGCACAUCCUCGUAAGCAAGCAGGCGGACGCCCUCGAGAUUUACGAUGCUCUUCUCGCAGAGGGCGGCACUUCGGAGGCAGUUUCCAAAGUCGCCUCAGAACGCAGCCUCUGCGGCUCGGCUCGGAAGCGACCUGACGCCAAGUUGGCGCAGCUGAGAGGCAAGCCCGGAGAGCUGCGCUUUCGCCGCGGGUCGAUGGACCCAGAAUUCCAGCGCGCCGCCUUCGAGGCGGCACCAGGGACACUGGUUGCGCCCUUCAGGUCGCAGUCGGGCUGGCACGUCAUGCUGGUGAACGAGUGA